UAGUACCAGUAGCUCUUGAGGCCGGUUGAGUCAGUGUGGUUCUUCGGUUGUGGACGACUGCUGACGGCUCUGUGGGUUCGCUGUGAGGCCGUUAAAAGGGGUUCUGAAGUUCUUGAGAGGCGAUAUGCUUAAGUUAAUUUUCUUUGCCGCAUUGCUCGGCAGUGCGCUGGCGGAAGGCAUCACACAGCAACAGGAGAUCUAUAUAGUAGCGGGCGUCCUUGGCGGUGUGUGUCUUUUGCUUACGGUCGCCUGCAUUUUCAACACCAUUACUAUCAUCGGCUUACAAUCGAAAGUAGCAUUGCUACAGGCUGCUGGCACGGCCGCUGCAAAGGCAGUUACAGAAACUAAACCGCCACGUAGUGAAGCGCCCAGAAGAGAGCCACCACGUGACAACCCUUAUUACUCUGAGACGAAGGGCAGGGAUGACUUCAACCGCGCAAGCCGACAAGAUGACCCCUAUCGUCGCCCAGCUUCUCGUGAAAACUAUAGGAUGGAGAGGAUGGACAGGGGAGAGAGACCUAUGGCACCACCUCGACCACACCGUUCUGAUGACCACCGAUCUGCAGGAUACUACUGAGCUUGUUUUUUUCUCCUAGGUAAUAGUUCAUAAAUAGUUAACAAAGUUCACUGCAAGUGACCAUAAUAAAGACAAUUCUUCUUAUAAAGAUGUUUCUUAUGUAGCAGCAAAAAAAUGGAAAUACUUUUUUUUUUUUUUUUUUUUUUUUUUUCCCCCUUUUUUUUGACUGAUUACAUUUUUGAGUAGUUUUAAAAUUAGAAUGCAAACAUUCACACAUAAGAAUAAUUUGGUAAAUUCAACAAUCAGUAUUUCACUGCUUCUGAUUAAAGAAACAUUCAAGGAAGUUUCAGAUAUUUGUGUUUUUAUUGUAUUACAAUAAAGAGAUGAAUGGUAAGAAAAAGAACAAAGACAAUAAUAUUUAGAAAUAUUAUGAAUAGCUCUUGCCAAUCUAUUAUUUGUCUAUUUACAAAAUAUAAUUUAAUGAACUAAAAUAUAUACUGUAAUAAAACUACAAGCUUUGCUAUCUCAAAUGACAUUUCAAGUGUAUUAGGGUAAUAUUAUAAAUCCUGAAGUCUUUAAGAAAGUAACUCAUAUAUAGGCUUACAUAACUUGUUUUUAGGGUAAUUGGCCAAUUGCAUUAGAUGUCUAUAUAGAUGAUUUUUUGUUAAGUGGUUUUGCUUAAAAUACUUUUUAGGUUGUGUUGUGGUUCAUGUGAAAUAAAGUGGAUUUAUCUUUGGGACUUAACAAUUCUUUAAUUAAAGUAUGUUUUGCUGACUUUAUGUAAAACAUUGACCACAAAAAAGUUUGUAAAUAUAUAUAUAUAUUGGAUUUCUUUCAUCAUUAUUGAUAUUUAUUGUUAAAAGUUUAUUAUUAGCUGAUAUCUGGAGAGCAGACACACUAAAAAAAAAUAGUUCCCAAACAUAUUAUCUGGCUGUUGGUUUUAAUAAAUUUCUUAACAUUA